UUUCAUCAUUAAAAAAUGGCUGAAGGAAUAUUGCCUAAGGCCUUUUGGAUUCUUGCCGCCACCGUGUUUGCAGCAGCUACGGUGGUUUACGGGCAAGCGCCGUGUUACUUCAUCUUCGGUGACUCAACUUUCGAUAAUGGCAACAAUAAUAACUUGCAAUCCAAGGCAAAAGUCAACUUCUCACCUUACGGUAUUGACUUUCCCAAAGGCCCGACCGGACGGUUUACCAAUGGCCGCACUAUCCCAGACAUGAUCGGUGAACUAUCGGGAUUUAAGGAUUUGAUUCCGCCAUACGCCGGAGCAUCACGGGAACAAGCGCACACAGGGCUGAACUACGCUUCCGGUGGAGGCGGACUUCGUGAAGAAACUAGCGAACAUUUGGGUGAUCGAAUCAGUCUAAGAAAGCAAAUACAAAAUCACAAGAAGGCGAUAAAGAAAGCGAAAGUGCCAGCAGAAAGACUGGGACAAUGUCUCUAUGCAAUCAACAUCGGAAGCAACGAUUACAUCAACAACUACUUCAUGUCAGAACACUACAACACGAGUCGUCGCUUUAAGCCUGAUCAAUAUGCAUAUUCUCUCAUCAUACUCUACCGUAGUUACCUGAAGAGUUUGCACCGUCUAGGAGCGAGGAAGGUGGCACUUUUCAGCAUCACUCAGAUCGGUUGCACACCAAAGAUGAUGGUAUCACAUGGUGGCGGUAAAGGUUGCGCAAAAGAAGUGAACAAUGCAGUGGCGAUUUUCAAUAAGAACCUCGAGGACCUUGUCAAGGAUUUCAAUAGGAAGGUCCAAGGUGCUAAGUUCACCUACGUCGAUAUUUUCUCCGGUGGAGAUCCCUUAGCUUACGGUCUUUUAGGAUUUAAGGUUGGAGACAAGGCUUGUUGUACAGUACCGCCAGGGGGAGAACUUUGCGAGCCAAACCAACCGGUUUGUGCAAACCGGACAGAAUAUGUAUUUUGGGAUAGUAUUCACAGCUCCGAAGCCACCAAUAAGCUUGUGGCUAAAGGCUCGUUUGAUGGACUCCUAACUAAUCCGUACAGCAUUUCCCAGCUUGUGAAGCAAUAGGGGCUAACUUAUACGCAAUUUAUACGGAAAAAUCUAUAACGAAUCUUUUUCUUUUUAUUUUUAUUUUGAUAGUUCUUUAACAAGGGAAAGUAAAAUGUAUAUAAUACUCAAUGAAUAACAAAU